GUUGGAUCAGUUUGAAAGUGAGCGCGGGCGUUGUGCUCCGCUGUGACGGCGGAGGAGGCUUCCAGCUAGCGGAGCCUGAGGCGGGGCGGUGUCCGGGUUGGGGAUGCUUUGUCGCGUCUUCCGUACGGUAACAGGCGCGGACUUUUGGUGGAGAGUUGUGGACGUGUGCGUUUUCCUCUCUUUUGGUCGGAAGGUGUGCGUUUCCGGCGAGCUGUAACCAUUUAACACUGAACAUUCUGUUUUUGAAUCAAAGGUAGUUGACAUUUUUUUGCCAUACGUUUAGCAUUUUAUUCUUCGGAAUGAUGGAUUUCCUUUUGGAGAUGAGAACGGAAGUGUUUGCGGAAGUAAUGAUAUUGAGAGAAAUGAAUAGAAAUAACCCAUUUUGAGAAAGCCAUGGCAAAGUCCAUUACAAAACGCAGAGUUUGUUCUCAGCAAUCUUCAGUAUCUUCUCUGUUAGCAAGCUGCAGCCUGAGUGGUAGUAAUUCCUCUAAAUCUGAUGACUCUUUUCAGUAUAAGGAUAAACUGUACAGUUCUGCCUCUCAGGCUCUACAGGCCUAUAUUGAUGAUUUUGAUUUAAGCCAAAUGUAUCCUGGUGCAAGCACUGGAAAGAUUAACAUUGAUAGAUGUUCUGCUAAUAUGCCCGAAUUCUCCAACUAUAUUUAUAAACCAAACAAUGCUUUUGAAAAUCUUGAUCCCAAAAAAAGCUUCUCGUCCUUAUCGUGUAGAAGAAUGACUGUUAAUGACAUAGACUGCAUUAGCCUAACAACUGAUGAUCUAUUAAAACUUCCAGCAGAUGGGUCAUUUUCUUUAACUUGCAUUGGAUCAAGUCACCGAAAUAGCAAGAAAAACAAGAAAUGCAUUCGAAGACUGAGCUCAUUGGAUACUGAAAAGAAUCAAAAUUUUCAAGAACCUUCCACCCCCAUGUGCAAAGAUAACUUAGUUACUCCUGUUGUAUACAUAAAUAAAAAUGGAAAGCAACGUGGUAGGCUAAAAAACCCAAAACUUGUGAAUAAGACUAAUAAGUACGUUUCUGAUCCAUCUUUAUCAUUUUCCAAGAAGUUGUCUUUCAAAGACAGUUCAGAACACAAACUUGAAAAGAAUUACCCAAGAUGGCUCACUAGCCAGAAAUCUGACCUUAAUGUUUCAGGAAUAACUAGUCUACCUGAUUUCACAUACCCAGUCUGGCUCCACCAUCAAGACUUGCUACCCGACACAAAUAGUCAAAAAAGGAUUUCUAAAAUAUUUAAAGAAGAUCAGUGUUCCCCUAGACAUAGUUACCAGGCACAAAGAACUUCUCGACUUAUGAAUAAAUUAGAUAGUUUUGAAUAUUCUUUUGAACCCUCAAACAUUUCAGACUCCUUGAGUGCUGAUAAAGGAUUAAUUAAUGAAUAUAAAUGUGAUUCUGAACAUAGCCAGUGUCAGUGUGAGAAUCCACUUCUCUCAGGACAAACCAAAAAGCCAUUCAGUGGUGACAAAAUUGAAUUGCUUAUCCUGAAGGCCAAGAGAAAUCUAGAGCAUUGUACUAAAGAGUUACCAAAGUCUACAAAAAAGGAUGAUAGUCCUUGUUCAUUAGAUAAACUUGAAGCAGAAAGAUCAUGGGAAAAUAUUCCUGUUACUUUCAAAUCUCCUGUUCCUGUUAACUCUGAUGAUAGUCCUCAACAAACUUCAAGGGCAAAGUGUGCUAAAGGGUUCCUUGAUGAUUUUUUAAAUAAUGAUAAUCAGAGCUGUACCCUUUCUGGAGGGAAACAUCAUGGUCCUGUUGAAGCCCUGAAACAAAUGUUAUUUAAUCUUCAAGCAGUACAAGAAAGUUUUAAUCAGAAUAAAACAGCAGAACUGGAAGAGGACAUUAAGCAAGUUUCGGAAGAUAAUUUCUCUAAAUUACAGUUGAAAGAAAGUAUGCUUCCUAUUACUAGGUCACUUCAAAAGGCUUUGCACCAUUUAUCUCGUCUGAGAGACCUGGUUGAUGAUACCAGUGGGAAACAGUCACCGAAAAUGUGAAGAGGAAAAUAAAACGGUCCAACAAAUAAAUAGUCAUCACAGAGCAAAGAUGUAUUUUUUUUCCUGUUGCUUAAACUGACAAAGAAAUUAUAAGCCAUGCAUUAUUCCGUGAUUCGUUCAAGUAUUAUAUAUUCUUUAAAAAACAAACUUGAAAAUGUGCGUAGGUUUUGUGACCUAUCCUCACUUUAUGCCAAAAUACCAGAAUGUGAACCGAGAGGACCCACACUGUGUUCUACAGUCUGACUUUGGUCUUCAGGCUAGCAAAUGUCCGAUAUUCAAAGGUGGAUGUUGUCUGUUAUUGAAACUUAUGUGGACUUAAUCUUGAGCAUCUGCAUCAUUUUAUCUUCUGGCUCUGGGUUAUUAGGAAACUCUUCCUGGUUUCUAUCCAAAAUCUCUUUAAGUAGACUUUUUGAUACAAGUAGCAUCUACUUUUAAGUUGGCUAAAGGAAUAUCAAAAUUGUUAUGGUGUAACUUUUCCAUAUAUGUUACCUUUAAUUUUUAUAAAUAUUUUAAGGUAUGUGGUAUAUGCAAAUAACAGUUUAAUAAUGGGAUGAUACAGUGCUAAAAGGAAUGUUUUAUGUUGUGAAAUCCAAAAGAAAAACUCAUUUAACUAAUGCUUUGAUUUUGAUUCUGUGUAAGAUAAUCUUUUUUCUUUUUUUUUUUGUAUGUGUGUAAGAUAAUCUUAAUAUCACGUAAGAGUUUACAAAAUAUUUUUUGGGAGUACAUUUGAAAAUUUAAUAUUUUUAUAUUCUCAGAUUUUAGUUUUGGGGUUAGCUCAAACUAGUAAAAAUUCUAAGAUCAGGGACCAAUUGCUUUAUGCAGUUUGUUAAGUAAACUUAAAAUGAAUGUGGAAAAUCCAGAAGCAGCUUUGUAUUAUAAAGCUAUUUUGUAAGAGCUAAACAUGGUUUAAAGCAAUCUAUAAAAUUUGUGUUUAGCUGGAACUCAACAGAGCUCUAUAGUUUCGCAUUUUCUUUUUUUUUUUUUUAGUUUCGCAUUUUCUAACCAACUAAACUAAUAAGCAAGAAAACACCUUUACUAACAAAACUAGGAAUUAAAUCAUAAAGCAUAUUUUAAAAGCCUGAUGAAAUGAAAGAAUAGAAGUGUCUGUAUACAAACAGUACAAAUUAACACUGCCCAAAUUGUAGCAUCUUUGCUAGAUACCUUUACUGUCAAGUAGGAAUUUCAAAGAGUACAUUGUGUUGAAUAUUUUUUCCCCUGAAGUUUAAAGCACUAUAUAAUACCUUUGCUGUAGAAUUUACAUGUCAAAAACUAUAGAAUAAACCUUGUUUUUUUGUUUUUUGUUUUUUUUUUUGACCAGUGAGUCAGAGUUACCACCAUGCAAUUGUUUUUGCCCAGUUUGAGACUCACGGCCAUUAAGUUUGUUUUGUUUACUCUGGAGGUAUUUCUGCUACCAACAUUCUAUUUUCUGAUUAUUGUCUUCUGCUUCAAAACAUACAGUUUGCAUGUAAUCAAAUAAGAUGUUACUUUGACAAUGAAAGUAUGGUGGCUGUUAAAAAUGCAGAUUUUAAGUAGGUGAACACUAGGUGGGUCUGGGUUGAUCAUGUUCCAGACUUGGACAAAUCCACUGUGACACCAAUUCUAUAGAAAGCAGAGAAGAUGAAUACAUCAUAAUAAACUUCUAAUUGCAUAUAUGUUGAUUAGUAUGCUUAAAAAGCAUUUGCAAAGGGAUUAUGCUAUAAUACUGAACAGCACUGAUUUGGUUAGUACUGUCAUUUGCGAGAAAAUAUCUCCAGUGGUAAAUAAGAUAAGCCUUCUAAAUUUUUAUAUUACACCUAAUAUUUUAAGAAACUUGAUUAUAGUUACUAAAGGAGUAUUUUUCCUUUUGUGUUAAAUAUGGAAGCUUAGUCAUUUACCUAAAAGGGGGAUUUAAAAUGAUUGAUUCCAAUUUUU